CCCGCCGCGGCCGCCGAGCCGGCUGCGCCCCAGGCCCGCCUGCUGCCCCCCCGCAGCCUGGCUGUACGGCCCACCCCGGUCCUGCCCGACGGGCGGGAGCAUGGAGCGGUGCGGGGACGGGCAACAGGAUUCUGGAGGUAGUGUUUCUGAGCUAAGGGAAUGGAGACCCGUCCUUUGCAGAAAGUGCACAGACACUCUCUGGUUGCUCUUCUUCUUUCUUUUCUGGGCUGGUAUGAUGUUUAUUACUGGCUAUGCUGUGAUGGCUGGUUCUGCAGAAAGGCUUGUGCUUGGAUAUGACAGCUUCGGGAAUGUAUGUGGUAGGAAGAAUACUCCUGUAGAAGGGGCACCUCUUUCUGGACAGGACAUGAGAGAUAAAAAAUAUGUGUUCUUUCUGAAUUCAUGCAGCCUGGAAAUGCAAAGCCUCAAAAUCAGUUCAGUUUCCUUGUGUGUGUCUAGCUGUCCACAAGAACAACUCAACUCUUUGGAAGAUCUCCAGAGUUUUGCAAGGAAUAAUGGUUCUUGUCUUUGCAUUUACAACCUGAAUAUUUCCAAUUACACAUUAAAUCCAAAGGCAGCUGAGCUGUGUCCCACACUGCCAGUUCCACCAAGUAAAUCUUUUCCAUUAUUUAAUCGAUGUGUUCCACAAAAUCCUGAAUGCUAUUCCAAAUAUGCAACUGUCUUAAUAAGUAUGGUUAAUGAGAUGGAUAUCUUUUACCGAAUUCUGAGUGGAAUAUUGGCAGGAAGAGAUACUGUGAUAGGACUGAGUUGCCUUGCACUAGCCUUCUCUUUUAUACUGGUUUUAACCUUCAGAUUUAUUCAAACCCUACUGGUCCAUACGUUGAUUGCACUGGUUGUAUUUGGGUUGUUAUUUGUCUCAGGUGUCCUCUGGUGGCUGUAUUAUGACUACAGGAAUGAUCCCAGCAUUGAAUUGGAAACAGAGAAGGAAAAUGUAAAAUUUCUGCUUGGAUAUGCUAUCUUCUCGACAACAGUUACUGUUGUUCUGCUUUCCCUUAUACUUGUACUAAGAAAGAGGCUUCAGUACACAGUACAGCUGUUUCAGAUUGUUGGUAAAAUCAUAGGCAGAAUUCCUUUCCUCCUAUUCCAACCACUAUGGACCUUUCUGAUUCUCAUUGUGUUCUGGGUAUUUUGGGUUGCUGUACUACUUAGCCUAGGAACUGCAGGUACUGCACAGACUACUUCAGGAGGACAGGUAGAAUACAGAUCUCUGUCUGGAAUUUCCUACAUGGCAUGGUAUCAUUUUGUUGGUCUCAUCUGGACUAGUGAAUUCAUUCUUGCCUGUCAGCAAAUGACAAUUGCAGGGGCAGUGAUUACUUGUUACUUCAACAGAAAUAAAAAUUGCCCACCACCUCACCCAGUCCUGUCUUCGAUAUCAGUUCUUUUUUGCUAUCAUCUAGGAACAGCUGUAAAAGGCUCAUUUCUAAUCACGAUGCUCAGAAUACCAAGGAUUGUUCUCUGUUGCCUUAAUAAUAUCCUAAAACAAAAGGAAGGUGCAUGUGCAAAGUGCCUGUUCAAAUGCUGUUCCUGUGGAUUUUGGUGUCAUGAGAAUGUUUUGAGAUACUUUCACCAGCAUGUAUACACAACUACGGUUAUAAAUGGGACAGAUUUUUGUACAUCAGCAAAAAAUGCUAUCCUUAUUUUGGAAAAGAAUUCUGCUCAACUUGCAUCCAUCAGCUGUUUAGGAGACUUUAUCCUAUUUCUAGGAAAGGUGUUUGUUGUAUGUUUUACUGUGUUUGGAGGAUUGGUGGCAUUUAACUACCAUCGGGAGUUGCAAACUUGGGUGGUUCCUCUGUUGCUGGUUGGAUUUUUCGCCUACCUGAUGUCCCACAACUUUCUGUCUGUGUUUCAAGUGACAGUGGAUGCCAUGUUCCUUUGCUUUGCUAUCGAUAUGGAAACAAAUGAUGGAUCUGCAGAGAAGCCAUAUUUUAUGGAUCAGGAACUGCUGAACUUUGUGAGUCAGAGUAACAAGUUAUCAGAAGGGCGAAAACACAGAAGCAUGAGGUCUUUCCAGGACAAUGAAGAUGGGACAGAGCUCCAACCUAUGACUUGAGCCUGAAAUGGACCAGAAGUAUGAAGGCAGAUACACAACAGCAAAAAGUCACAGAAAAAAAGCAAAGUUUGCCAAUACCCCAGGACAAAGUAUUAGUUCCCUGAAUCUCUGUUUUACCUCUGCACUGGUAAAAUUGCACUCAGUCUGUUUGUAUGAAUAAUGUAUUUUGUGUCAGCACAUCCAAUUUUUAUUAAUAACUUGUUAUGAUAGUCUGCAUUCUUAAUAAACA